AUGCCUAAAGCUAAAAAGCUGGGUGAUAAUCAACCACCAGUAAAACGACACAGGGAGGAUUUAGAGGACGAACUUAACAUUCACAGCGAAGGCAGUAGUCCUGUAGCUCCACAACAAAUGCAGCAAAGAGAUACGGAGACACCACUUGUGAUCCCUGCAGCCGCUGGAAAGAAAAGGAUUGCUGAUGUGGAUUAUGAUCCAAAUGAUUUCAGUCAUGAGAUGCAGAAAAUGCUGGAAGGAUUUGGAGCUGACAUAUCUAAAACCUUGAGCAACAAGAGGAAGAGAAUGGAGCAGCUAACCCAAGCCUCAUUGAAGAACACCAAUAAAAAAUUGGAGGAGGUCUGGAAAACCCAGCAGCAAGCAAGAAACAAGCUUCAGGAUGAGUUUAGUAAACAAGUGAAUUCUGUCUAUCAACAAUGGGAAUUGGACAUAGACAAAAUCAAAGAACAGGAGGAGAAACUGAAUACACUGUUCAAGCAGCAGCAGAAACUAUUCCAACAGUCGAGAAUUGUUCAGUGUCAAAGAUUAAAAACUGUCAAGGAACUCUGUGAGCAGUUUAUCAAGGGCCUGGAAGAACUUGAAAGUAAUCGACAGAGUCAGCAAGCAUCUCUUCAAGCAGAACUGAAAAAGGAGAUGCAGUUACUGCAGAAACGCAUUCUCAUGGACACUCAACAACAGGAAAUGGCCAAUAUGAGAAAAUCACUCCACUCUAUGCUGUUUUAA